CAGUUCUCUCCUUCUCCUCUAGUGUUCUACGAACCUUCUCCGUGUCGAAAGGUUUCAACGAACUUCCUGAUACGAUACAUUGCUACUAUCUUGAUCUGCUUCCUGAUUCGUUUUUAUCUGAAAGAUAGAAAAUUCGUUAAUACGUUAUCAAUUAAUUACUUAAUCUUGAAUUUUAAUUAUGUCGGUGUUAUCUCAUUUUAACUCGUAUUAAAAAUUAGCGUAAUAAUAUUAAAUUUUCUAUCACACAUAGAAAAAAAAGAGAAAGAACAAACGAGGAAGCGCGGGCUUUCAAGACUCAUCUCAGUUUUUUGAACGUAUAUACUCUGAUAAAUAAGAUGGCAAGGCAGCAGACAGCCGAUCGAAAUAUACCUCACUUACGUGACAUUUUCGGCUUUGGUAACAAAUGGGAAAAUGCACGUAUGCAAGCCGAAGAAAAGGCUGCUGGACAUGACAGCGCGGUUUCAGUAGGUUCAACUUCUGGCGAAGAAGAAAGUCCGAAGAAUAGCAAGAAGAAGAAGACCAGAAGACGGGACAAUAGUAAGACCCUUACCGAGAGCGAUGUCAAACAUUUGGAAAGACAUCUUUCAAUGAAGAAGACGAUACGCAAGAAGAUAAUGCGUGAUCUUCAACAAGCCUUCGUUGAAGAUCCUAAUGAGUUCCGCGUCGAUGAUAUACCACCGGAACAACUCAAAGCUGAAAUCAAUAUUCAGAGUCUCAGUUUCGGUACGCCAUCUCAAAAACAGGGACGCACGCGUGGCAAUGCCGAGAGCACGUUUCUUGAUAUGCUUAGAGCAGGUGGUGGUUUAGAAAAAAAUGGUACCGACGGUGAUAGAGAUUCUGGACACGGUGGUUCGCCAACAAGAGAGACACCUAGUGCCCAAGAUACCGAUGAUGAAUGUAGCUAUAGCUAUGAUGCUCCAACAGCGAUGCCUCCGAAAAAAAGCGGCAACUUUUGGAGACGUUUUACUAUGAAAAAUCGUAAUAAACGAUAAGGAUCAAUCGUGUGAUGAUUUCAUUCGAGAGUUUCGUUGACCAAACGCGAGGACACAAACUCUAUAUCGAUAUUUAUUAAUUUCCACCCUUUAUUACCAUCGUACCAACGUAGUUCGAGCAGAGAUUUGCAACUGUGAUAUGCAUUGAAGUCCAGUCCUACCCCUUUUGGAGAAAGAUUCCUCAUCCUCAUCUUCAUUUUUCUCUUCUCUUCUCUUUUUUCUCUUCUCUUCUUUUCUUUUUUUUUUCUUCUCUUCUCUUCUUUUUUCUUUUCUUCUCUUCUCUUCACUUCUUUUUUUUCUCUUCUCUUUCCUUCAUUUUUGCUUUGUCUGCCUGUCUCUCUCUCUCUCUCUCUCUCUCUCUCUCUCUGUCUCCCCCCCCCCCACCCUCUUUCUCUCUCAUUUUCUCUCAUUCUCUCUCAUUCUCUCUCAUUCACUUUCUCUCACACACACUCUCUCUCUCUCUCUCUCUCUUUUUCUUUUCUCAGUUUUCAUUGUAAGAUUUUAAGAAGUUUCCAAAGAAGCUUUAUUAUAAAAAGCAUCGAGUUAGAGACCAAGUCUAUUUUAAGAAAUUAAAGUACACACAAGUACACGCACAAAAUAAUAUUUUGAAUAAUGUAAGCAUAUCAAGGAACAUUGUAAGACAUUCAUUAUUCAAUAUCUCUUAAAUUCUCAUGUCAAUGACAAUCACGUACUAUUAUGUAUAAUUGAAAAAUGAUAUGACAAUACACCAUAUCUAGUAAUAAAGUAACGUACAAAAGUUUCAAACAUU